AUGGCUUUUCUCAAACGUCUCCGUCUCCAUUAUCUUGAACUGAAAAAAGAUCUUCCUCCAUUAUGUCAUGCAGAACCUGAAGAUCCUGAGAAGGAUCUCACUCAUUGGAUUGGUUAUAUUGAUGGACCCGAACACACACCAUUUGCUGGUGGAAGAUUUCAUCUUAUCAUUGAUUUUCCAGCCGAUUUUCCAUUCACAGCACCAGAUAUUCGUUUUACUACGCCAAUUUAUCAUCCAAAUAUUAGUACAAAAGGUGAAAUAUGUUUAGAUAUUUUGCAUUCUCAAUGGUCUCCGGCAUUAAGUAUUCGUGCCCUCUUAGUAUCAUUAUGUUCACUGCUAUCAGAUCCUAAUCUUACACAUGGAUUGAAUAAAGACGCAUUAAAACUCUAUCAGACAGAUCAGAGAAAAUAUGAGGAAAUAAUAAGAGAAUGGACAAGAGAGUAUGCUGGUGAUCGAUCAAGUCUCAAGUGA